UUAUUUCACAUUGGUUUAUCAAUCGAGGGAACAAAAAUUUCAACCAAAUAUUAAAUUUUUUAAAUCUUUCCUCAAUUUACCCCUUUUUCAUUACAAAUACUUCACCUUCGUAUAAUAUAGUUGUAAUGAAUACAUUUUCCUUGACCUGAUUCUUGAUUCAGCUGCUCAGGACAAUUUUUGCUGCCUGAACUAAUUUUGAAACGGAACUUUUUUGUAACCCUUGAGCUGAUUUUGAGGCACUGGGAAGAUGGUAAUAGUCGAACUUAUUUCUUCACUCUUUCUCUUUUCUGUGCUCUUGAUAGAUUUGGGAAAUGGACAAGAGUGUUCAGAGCAGAUUGCAAGGACGAAAGGUGCCGUUUUUCAGUGGAACAUCACUUUAACCUGUAAAGGCAGCAGGUUGUCGAGUGGCUUGUGUAAAUGGAAACCGAAUGGGAUUUCGACUACGGAAACUACUACAGUGGUGGAAACUCGCAUGUUCUAAAUUUGGAGCUAAGCGAGGAAAACGAAAUGAAAGCCGUGAAGUUUUAUUUUAAAUCGACUUUUGACGGAAACUCGAAGUCGUUCAAAGUAAAAGACAACAGGCUGAAAUCCUACUUUUUAAAAUUCAAACCCAGUCGAGAGGGCUCCUUCAUUUGGGAGUACGAGAUCGUGAACUGGAGGGUGUUCAAGAAGAAUAUCCCUAUGGUGUUCUCGCCCGAAGUGCGAAUUGUUGACGAGUCGAAACGAGAGUGGCAUGGGCUCCAACUCGGCAGGUUUGUACAGUUCAGGUGCGAUGCAUACUCCUUCUUCGCAUCCGAAGAGAACGCCAACACGCAAUUAGUAUGGGCUUUAGAAGGAGUCCGGAUUCCCAAGUACAGCAAAAACCGAAAAAUAAUUACCGAAGUUGACCUUGAGGAUUAUAUAAUGUCUCAAACAUUGGUGAUAAACGCAGUCCAGUUCUCUGACAUAGGCAGGUACACUUGCACCUUCACUGAAAGCCGUGAAAAAGUGAAAUCAACGUACAAAACUUUGAAUUACGAAGGAAGUGACCCUGGGGCCUUUUUGCCGCAGAUGUUUCUGGAGAGUGACCAGAUCUUCUUCUCAGCCAAACGGAUUUGGUCAGCUACAGGGAACAGCGAUCCAGCCAACCUGGUUUUAUCAGCCGAUAAACUUUGUGCCAUCACAGGGGGUCGUGCCUCAAGCUACACUGAAAUCGAAAAACUUAUAGCUAGUUUUGAAAGCGACAUAGAGUCAUCUAAUGCAUCUCGACUUUUGGAGACAGUUCUUCUUGAAGUAGAGGGUAAAAAAGCAAUGUACGUGAACUCUUCCGACUCAAUCGGCUGUUUGACCUCGGAUGACUGGUCUUUCGCGUCACGAGAUUGUACAGAGGCUGGCGGUGGGGGUCCUUCGGCUAUGUUGUGCACUUAUGAAUACGGAAGAUUCUACUCAUUGGUUGAGCCGAGAGAAUGUCUGUACGAGGACUUGGAUAGAGGGAUUGACAAGAGAUUCACAGUUCAAAUUGUGGGCAGUAAACAAUGGGACUUGAAGUGCAUUGGAAAGGACACUUCGUCUAACGCCAUUACUCACACCUCCUACUACACACUGCGGUCUGGAGAAGCCAUCCAGCUGUCUUUGCCAUCUAUAGAUCAGAUCCCUUUCGGAUCUCGGAUUAAAUGCGGUGCUGGAUCCCACGACAAUGAAGACGACCCCGAUGACGAUCAUCCAAUCGCUUCUCUAGAAAUACCAGCCCGUCAGCCAAUCGACCUUGCACAUAUUGUAGAGCAAGUCUCGGUGAUUUCCGAGAUUCGCUUAGAUACAGACGACGAAGUGAGAGGAGUUGGGAACUAUUACAGCUCAGGAUUUCUUAUCUGCAAAGCUGAAGGAUUCCCGUUUCCACAAAUGCAGUGGAAAAAAGUUGUCACUGUGAAUGGAACUGAAAUGCUAGUUAACAUGGGGGGAGAGGACAAGGAGGACAUCUACGUGAAGACUUCUGACCAACACGAUCCCAAUUACGGAAAGAGCGAGUGUGCCACAUUCCACCGAAUCAACACUAUCUACUUCAUCAAAAUUCUUCCAGAACAUUCCGGCACUUAUUUUUGCACAGCCUCAGAUCCUCUCACCGGCGAAGAAAAAGUAACCCAGAGAGUCACUCUUUUCGGCAUCGAAUCUGUAUUCAGCUCCCGAAUCGAAUACUCUAUAAAAUCUCAAACCUACAUUGGAAAAGUAGUUGUGACAGGACCGCCAAUUCCUGACUUCGUCCUGCGAUGCCAAAGCGCAAUAGCUUGGAGAGCACAAGACGCUAUAAUCAUAGACAGGGAAAACUUCCUGUACGAAAUGGAGUUUCUGGUCUAUGGGGCACAACUAGGAGGCAAUUGCACUUUGGGCAUUUUCAACGGAUUCGGAGAUGCCCACUCUGACACGGCUCAAUACACGGAAUCUUUGAGCCAAGUUGGAGCUGAAUUCAACAGAGCGACUCUGACUUUAAAGUGCUCGCUCUAUGCCUUUCCGAUCGUGAUUGAAAACUUAAUUCCGAGUUGUUCUGAGAUGGAACUAAGUCAAAUCGAGGAACUUCCCGACCUUGUGGAUCUCUCAGGAGUGUUUGGCGCCAUUUAUCGAAGGUCGUCAGGAAUCCCAAACUCUUUCACCUCUUGUUCGUGUGUUUAUACUGCUAUGAAUGGGACUGUCUUGGAGUCUACGAUCGAAAUUUUGCCUUCCUCUUUCGAUAGAAGCGUAGUUCGGCUGAGGCCUGUCUUGAAGGUACUGGAAGACUCAAUCAACUCGAUGCCUCAGAUUUACGAUUACAUCUCGGCCGAAAUGAUGGCGGUCGCAUUAGACAAAGUUAGGCUAAGCGCAUUCUUCGCUCAACUGACCACUGCCGAAAUACUGGAGGUGGCUAAAACACUGACCUACGCUUCCCGUACACCGACAGUUUAUUACCAUGAGAACGGAUACUCCACAAUCAAAAUGCGAAUUGCCAAAGUUAGGAGCUCUGGAUUUCUACUGGCACAUCAGAUGACCAGAAACGAAGUUUCAUCCAGACUCACUUUUGAGGAAAAACAACACUUACAUCAAGCCAUUUCUGAUUUUUCCAGCCAUAUUGCGCGACAGUAUAAAGCUGGCGAGAAGUUUAACGAAAAAUUGGGACCGAUUGCGAUUCACGGACUGAAUCUCGACUUGAACAAUUUGGAAGAUAUUUUGGUCAGCGAAGAAACGCAGAAUGGUUUAACACGCGGCAUUAUAAAUGCAGUUAUGAUACAGAACACAACUUUGCGCAGUGUAAUACCAUUAGACGCGCAAACCUCAACGCUUGUUGUUUUGUUCACCGAUGCGUUUUAUGUUCCCAAAUCACCCGAGAAAACCAAGCCAGAUACGCAGGAAGCUGUUCGUAAGAACCAGUAUGUACAAUACCAAGAAGCGCAGUCCAUAAACAGUGGCUUGCUGCAAGUGUUUUUAGAAGUAGACCAAUUUUAUAAAAGUACACCUGUCGAAUUCAAAUUGAAUCAGAGAGACAGCGAGAAGGAUACGAAACGCGACGAAAGUGAAGACGAACUCUACGAAAUGCGAGUUCAAUCUAUGUGCGUGUAUUUCGAAACAGCAUCUGACGAAGACAGUGUCGGCUUCUGGUCCGAGGAGGGUUGCGUAGUAGUAGCAGAGAAAUCGAACCCGAGUCAGACUUACUGCAAAUGUAGUCACACGACUAUGUUCGCUAUUAACAGUCUCGUCAACGAGAACAAGGCGGAUUCGUUCGUUCCGAGUGAGUACCGAGUCAUUUCUUAUAUCGGGAGUAAUGUAGCGCUUGUCAUAAACAUCUUUAACUUCAUGUUGCAAUUAAACGUUGAUCGAGUCAUGACUAAUGAGCAGAAUAAAGUACACUACCUUCUGGUACAGACUGUCAUAUUUUUUCAACUGGUGUACUUGGUGGGGGUAGAGCGAAAGAAUAACCCGAUUUUAUGCAAAGCGACUGCAUUUGUUCUUCAAAACUGCAUGUUGAUGGCGUUUUGUUGGAACUUCUGUGUUGGUCUUUACCUGCUGAACCGCGUGAAGAAGUUCAUAGUUGGAAAAGUGUUGCUUCGGUUCAUGAUUUUCAAUGUGAUUUCUUGGGGAUACCCGGCCAUGGUCUCCGUUAUUUUUUACAUGCUCUUUCGAGACUUGUAUGGCGUGGGUUCUGGCUGUUUCAUAGCUAUGGGCAACUAUUGGCCAAUCUUCUAUGCUCCCAGGGUCCCCAUUUUCAUCGGUAACAUCACGUGCCUAUUCACCACAGUUUUGGCGGUGAAAAAACUGAAGAAAAUGAAAAGGUCUCUCAAAAAACAGAUUCUAUACACAGUGAAAGGAGAACUAGUCGUUAUUCCAACUAUCCAAAUGACUUUCCUGUUCUGUGCCCAAGGCAUGCAAAGCCAGGAUCUUGUGUUCCAGAUAGGAAAUGGGCUAACUCUAGUUGGGUUAUCGGUGGUUCUGCUGUUUUACACUACUCUAUUCAAUCCAGAAUUCUGGGAAGCGCGGGCUAAAAUACGAGAGCGGGACGCUCAGAUCAAAAAGUUCAACACGUUGAGCAAGUUUGAGCGGAAAGUUGAAGAAAAAAUGAAAAAGCUCAAAAAAUUGAAAAAUUCAUCGAAAAACAAGAAAAACAAAACAUACGAAUCCGAACCUGAAACAAUUGAUGGAAAUAACUGUGCUGAAAAAUACGGCAUCGAUGAUCGAAUCAACAAUGAUGAAAACCAUCUAAUGGAUGAUGGAAAAAACAAAACUGGGAAAAAUGGCAUCGAAAUGGCCAGAAAAGGCUCCGAAUUUACCGUAACAGAGGAGUAUAAUCAUGGUUACGAAGAAGACGAGAGAAUAAUAGAGUCCCGGGCUUCGGCGGAUGCGAUGCAAAAGAAUAUUUUGGGAGUAAUUGAAGAGAAGCCAAGAGAUACUUCGGCUGACGCGGACUCGGAUGCUAGCGACUCCGACUCGGAGAGCGACACUGACUCGGUUAUUAUGGACUCAAUUGUGAAUACGACUGAAAAUAAACCAGCAAACGAUGCUAUGCUCAACUUCUAAACAUUUGGAUUAUUGAGAAGGUUGAUCGAUGGACUUGAACAGUGUUUCAACUAUACAAGUUUUGCACAGCCUGUCCAGCUCAAAUUUGCACAAUCAUCAUAGCAAGGAAAAUAUCUUUCUCAGUCCAACCCACUUCAAAACAAGGAUAGCCGAUUGCUGUGCAAGUUGCACAGAAUAU